UAAUUCUCCUCUUCCUCCGCUUUCAACGACUUCAAACUUCUUGGACUACCCCACUUCACACCUUUCACUUGAUGCAUCAGUCUAUCUAGUCUAUCCAAUAGAUUAUGUUUUGGACUGUCAAUCGUACUUCUCAACUAUAUCAGCAUCGCUCCGAGUCCUAGAUCUACAUCACGACUUCUCUCUCACUGACAUAGAUCCCUCGUUGUCAAUCAACCGGGUCAGUAGACCAACAAGGACAGAAGGAAACAAACAAAACAGAAGACAAGAGAGAAAGAAAAGAAUCAUGCCGGGCCGUCUCCUGCCCAGCUUUGUUCGCCCCUCCGUCUCUCACCACAUCUCAUUCUCUUCUCGUACCAACUCCAACGCCUCCUCUUCCUCCUCCGUUAACGAGAUCCCUCACGAUUCGCUGCCCUCCGGCAAGAAAUCCGCCGCUCACAUGUUGGCGGACCGAGCCCGCUCGCCUGAGCGACGCCUCUCUCUCGCCGUCGAGCAUCUGAUUCACCCCCAUCGGGACCACAGUAAGGACAAGCGUCGCGGCCUCUCUCGAUCUGCGCGCUCCAAGGAUCGCGCAGCGGCCGAGGAGAAGGUAGCGGCGGCCAAGUUGGAUGUCAUCGUCGAGUCCCCCCCGCUGGUCUGCUAUGGAGCGCCGUCGAACUCCACCGGCGCCCUGUUCUCGGGCCGUCUGAAAAUCACCGUCGCCGACACCGCUGGCACCCUGACGCUAGACCAGUUCGAGAUGCGCCUGAUGAGCAAGAUGACCACCAAGAAGCCGGUCUCGCGCGAUUGCCGCAACUGUGCCUCCCGCACUGACGAACUCAACCACUGGACCUUUCUCACUGAGCCGCUGGCCCUCAAGUCCGGCCCCCACGAGUUCCCCUUCAGCUACCUCUUCCCCGGUCACCUGCCCGCCUCGUGCAAUGGCUCCCUCGGUCAGAUUGAAUAUACUCUCGCCGCCAAGGCCCGCGACGUCUCCGGUGAGGAGUACACCUUCCAGAUGCCCCUCCACAUCCGCCGCGCCAUCCUCCCCGGCAACGACAAGUCCUCCAUCCGCAUCUUCCCCCCCACCAACCUCACCGGCCGCAUCGUUCUCCCCUCCGUCGUUCACCCGAUCGGCACCUUCCCCGUCCAGAUGACUCUCAGCGGCGUCGUCGACAAGGGCGAGGAGACCCAGACCCGCUGGCGCCUGCGCAAGAUGAUGUGGCGCAUCGAGGAGCACCAGAAAAUCAUCUCCCCGGCUUGCCCUAAGCACGCUCACAAGAUUGGCGGCGAGGGCAAGGGCGUCCUCCACCAGGAGACUCGCGUCAUCGGCCACCACGAGGAGAAGGACGGGUGGAAGACCGACUUCGACACCGCCGGCGGUGAGAUCACCUGCGAGUUCGAGGCCAGCAUCAACCCCAACGCCAAGCCUGUCUGCGACCUCGACGCCCCGGGUGGCCUUGAGGCCCGCCACAACCUCGUCAUCGAGCUGAUCGUUGCCGAGGAGUUCUGCCCCAACCGCAACCCGCGCCUCGUCACCCCGACGGGCGCCGCCCGCGUCCUCCGCAUGCAGUUCCACCUGCACGUCACCGAGCGCAGCGGCCUCGGCAUCAGCUGGGACGAGGAGAUGCCCCCGGUGUACGAGGAUGUGCCAGCGAGUCCCCCGGGCUACGCCAUGCUCGACGGCGGCAGCGCUAUGGAAGACUACCACGGGUCGCCGCUGGCGUUGCCGGAGUACGCAGAUCUGGAGCGGAUGGACUCCUUGCGUCUGGACAGUGCGUCCUCCCGCAGCGGGUCGAUGCACUCGGGCCGCGGCCGCGCCUUGACGACAGACGAUCUGACGGCCGAGCCAGACUCGAGCUCGUGAGCCAAGAUACAAUUCCUUUACGACGUUACGCUAUCUAUUCUUCACUCAUCUUAUUUUACGACCGACACGACUUCUAGACCCGCAAAGACUUAAUGGACAGUUCGUCCCUGAAGACGACUGAGGACAUACCUAAAUUGUUACACAAUAAUAAUGACCGCUUUGGCUCUUCCCAGCGUGAACAAUUGCGAAGAAAAACGUGGGAAAAAAAAAAAAAAAAAAAAAAAUUGAAAGGGAGAAAAAAGUUUACUCUACAGGGGAGGAUCAUGACCUACUGACUUGAUAUGAUACCCAUACCCGCAUCGCGUUUUUACGCUUUUUCUUAUUUUACAUGUUUUUUAAUUUUUCAGAUGUAUCUAGUUAAUACCCGAAUUUUAUGAUGGUAAUUCAAUCAGUCAUUCAA